GGCCAAAACUCCUGCAAGGUUGAGUAUCCAAAGACUCCCGUGUCUUCGGACUGCUCGAGAGGCUCUGAAGCUCAAUCUGUAACGGCUAGAAUUCGAAUUGAAUAAUUUCUUUUUAUAAAUAUGGACCAGAAAAUGAAAGUGGAAGAAUAUGCUAUCAACAUGCCUCAUGGAGGACGACAGGCAAAUGAGGGAAUUGCAAGGAGUGAGACAUUUCGACGUCAUACUCAAAGGUCUUCUUCUGGAAAUGCUAUCCAUCAACAAAGAUCCCCUUCUACAAAAGUGGAUUCCCCCGGCACCUCUAGUACUCUUCGUUCUACAGCAUCGUCUAAUGCAAUCCAUCAGGAAGGAUCAUCUUCCGUUCCAUCGUUUCCUGGUCAGCCAUCGUAUUCUGAUGAUGCCGGAGAUAGUGGUAGUCACUCGAUUAUGAUCGGUAACUUGGACCCAACAAAUGGGAGAGAAAGAACAUCAGAUGACUACCGUGAUCUGUGUGUUCCCCUCCUUCAAGCUGCCAUAAAAGGUAAUUGGAGGGCUGCUCAGGCUUUUCUUGAGAAACACCACUUUUAUGAAGAAAUUGGUCGAGCUCGCAUAACGAAAGAGGAAGCGACAGCACUUCACAUUUCGGCGGCUGCAGAACACACCACUUUUGUAAAGAAGUUGUUGAAAUUGAUGAGUCCGGAUGACUUGGUAUUGAAAACCGAUUACGGAUUUACGGCCCUUCACUCUGUUGCUCAAGUAGGAAACGUCAGAAUUGCUAAGCAGCUGGUGGAAAUGAAUAGGGGACCGCUAUUGAUCUGUGAUGCCAAUGAAGACACACCACUCAUUGUUGCAGCUUAUCAAGGACAUACGGACAUGGUCUCGUAUCUAUUCACUCAGACUGAUCUUGAACAGUUGACUGAUCUAAAACGCAUUGAGCUCCUUGAGUAUACUAUUUACAAUGAUAUGUAUGAUACAGCAUUGAAAAUUCUGGAAAAGUGUCCAAACAUAGCAACUGCGGGCACUGAAUGCUGGCGGGUAGCGUUGGAAAUGUUGGCGAGGAAACCUUUUGCAAUUGGCAGCGAAAGUCAGCUAUCGUUCUGGAAAAGUCUCGUAAACUCAUGGUUCAAAGGAAUCUGUAACAAAGCUUUGAUGAAGACAUUAGCCCAUCAAUUAGUUGACAAACUUUGGAAAAAUGUUGGAAUUCCGGACAAUUCGUUCUCAUCAAACUUGGUUCACAAUAAAAUAGCUUUAAUGAUUGAAGCUGCAAAAGUUGGAAAUGCUGAUUUUCUAAUUAUACUAGCACGUUCUUGUCCUGAUCUUAUAUGGCAACAAGACGAAAAUCAAAUGAGUAUAUUUCACAUUGCUAUUUUAUAUCGGCACGAGAGUGUGUUCAAUCUAAUACAUGAGAUAGGUUCUGGGAAGGAUAGCCUUGCAUCUUAUAUUACUUUAGAAACCGGAGAGAACAUGUUGCAUUUAGCUGCAAAAUUGUCUCCUUCAAAUCAACUAAAUAUUAAUGUAUCAGGAGCAGCCCUUCAAAUGCAACGGGAAUUGUUGUGGUUUAAGGAGAUAGAAAAGAUUGUGCCAUGGCAUUAUGUGAACAAGAGGAAUUCAAAUAGCCAAACACCUAAGGAGAUAUUUAUAAAGGCACAUAAAGAUUUGCAGUUAGAUGGUGAAAAGUGGAUGAAGGAUACAGCAAACUAUUGUAUGCUCGUGGCAACAUUGAUUGCCACUGUGAUUUUUGCUGCAAUCUUCACUGUACCAGGUGGCAGCAACCAAGAAACAGGCACUCCUAUUUUUUUGAGAAGAAACUGGUUUAUGGUAUUCUUCAUAUCAGAUGCAAUAGCAUUGUGUUCCUCUUCAACUUCGAUAGUAAUUUUUUUGUCAAUUCUCACGUCACGUUACACAGAAGAGGAUUUCUUCAAGUCAUUGCCUUCAAAGUUGGUGUUUGGACUUGUAACACUCUUCAUCUCUAUGGCGGGUAUGAUGGUAGCCUUCAGCGCAACUUGCUUUUUGGUGUAUAGUAGCGUAAAGGCAUGGGUUCCUUUUGUCGUCAUCACUUUGGUUGGUAUCCCAGUUGUUUUGUUUGUUUGGCUACAUCAUGAACUUUGGGUUGAUACAUUUCUCUCAACAUACAAGUCUAGAUUUCUUUUUCGACCUUCUAAACGUAGACUUUUCUAGUGGAGGAUGCCGAUUGGGGGAUUCAUAAGUAGAAUAUGACAUGCAAGUCAAACGAAAAGCAAGGAAAGCUGUUUGGAGGUACGAAGGGAUCGAUGUUGAACAGGGAAGCUAGGCCAAGGAAAGAAUUGAGCAAAUAAAGACUUUGUAUAUUGAUGUUCUUCUAAUUAGUUCAACCAAGACUAAUUGUGGUUUAUACAUAUUUGCAUUGUCUUUGCACUGUGAAUCAUGAUCGACCAUUUUUGUAA